ACUAUUUAUGGAUAAUAUACAAGACCUCAGCUUUCGUUCUUUAUCUGUAUAGAAAAUGAAUUGCAAUAUAAUAAUAGAAUCACAACUAACUUGCUUUCUUCUCUGAACAUGUGAAUUGAAUCCCAUAGAAAUAUAUACAUAUAUAUUCACAACUCUAUUACUUUGACAUUUCUAUGAAUCCCAUGGAAUGUUUAUUCUGCAAAAGUUCAGUUUCAAAUCUCUAUGGAAUAUAUUUUCUAUUUCCAGCAAAUCUUAACAAUUCAUGUUUUCUUAUGCAGGAAAGUCCAAUUUACUCCAGAAAAUAUUUAUCAUAGUUGCAAUUGCUUCAGGAAGCAUCAUUUUAACAAUCUCCAUAAUCAUCUUCAUAUACUUCAAAAGGAAACAGUUCUUGGAGGACAAGAAAAUUGAGGAAAUGAUAAGGAGUUAUUCCACGCACACACCAAAGCAGUAUAGUUACUCGCACUUAAAGAAAAUCACAAAUUCCUUCAUGGACAAGCUUGGCCAAGGAGGAUUUAGCACUGUCUACAAAGGAAAACUACAAGAUGGUCAGGACGUGGCAGUGAAACUCUUGAAUGAAUCAACAGAAAACGGCCAAGAUUUUAUGAAUGAAGUUGUUAGCGUCACCAAAACAUCACAUGUAAACAUAGCCACUCUCUUGGGAUUCUGCUAUGAGCAAAGUAAAAGGGCUUUAGUUUAUGAAUAUAUGUCCAAUGGGUCAUUGGACAAGUAUAUAUUUCAAAGAGACUUACAGGUAAAAAAUGGUGUGGAGUUGAGUUUGAGCACACUCUAUAACAUCGUUAUUGGUGUGGGUCGAGGCUUAGAGUAUUUGCAUUGCCACUGCAACACAAGGAUCUUGCAUUUUGACAUCAAACCACACAACAUUCUUUUGGACAAUAAUUUCUGCCCCAAGAUCUCAGACUUUGGGCUUGCUAAGCAAUGCAUGGCCAAAGAGAGUCAUGUGUCAAUGACAGGUAUGAAAGGAACAGUAGGAUUCAUGGCGCCUGAAGUAAUAUUUAGACAUCUUGGCAGAGUUUCCCACAAAUCUGAUGUUUAUAGUUAUGGAAUGUUGGUUCUUGAGAUGUUGGGUGAAAAAAAGUGUCCCAACGAAGAAAUGGGGCAGAGCAGUGAAGAGUAUUUUCCUGAUUGGAUAUAUAAUAAGCUUACACAACAUGAGAUUGAUGGAGGUUCUUAUUCCUGGGGAGAUACAAAAGAGGAAGAAGAAAUGGCAAGAAAAAUGAUAAUUGUGGGGCUGCACUGUAUCCAGACAUUACCCGACAACAGGCCAUCAAUGACCAAUGUGGUUGCGAUGUUGGAAGGCAGUGUUGAUGUCUUACAGAUUCCACCAAAGCCCUACUUUUUUGGACCUCCUACGACUGAUCUACUCCAAGGUGUUGCUGCUUCUUCUUCAUCCAACUCGUACUAACGACGCUGGCUUUUGAUGCCCUCUUGCCCAUUGGACGCAUUUUCUUCUGUCUAUAAAAUCCUAUUGUUCGUUUGAUAGUAGAGCAGAAGCAGCUCAAGAACAACAAUUUCCCAUGUUUGAAUACUCUCAAAUUCGAUAUCUUUUUGCCUUUUGAGUUAACAAAUGACUAUUUCAAACGUUUUUGAAGGAGAGCAAAUGCAUAGCCCAAUGUGUCAAAGAUAUCAACUCCUUUGAGAUCAGACACGUGUGCAUUUGUUUGUCCUAAGCAAAAAUUAAAAUCACAGUAAAAAUAAUCUCUACCAUAAUCCCCAUUUACUAGGCAGAAUGAAAAGGAUUUAACAUCUCAAUAAUCAACCCUUCUCUUAAGGAAGUUGAAAGUUUGAAAAUUCCAAGUCUCCCAGGCUCUAGAACAAGGACGAUCUUUUUUGCAGACUGAACAAUUGACUAAUUCAAACUUGUUUGAUUUGAUGGUAAGUUCGCAAGUAACAAUAAACUUUGAUGGAGAAAAUCUUGUA